CCGGGCCCCGUUUCCAGCCGGAGCCUUUUCACGGCGCGCGGGGAGGGGGCGCCGGGGCCGCCAUGUCGCGGAUGCACCAGAGCAGGAUCGCGGACUUCCAGGAGGUGCUCGGCGAACCCACGGUGGCCCUGGCGAAGCUCCGCGAGCUCUGCUUCAGCGGAAUCCCCUUCGAUGGUGGGCUGCGCUGCCUCUGCUGGAAGAUACUCCUGAACUACCUCCCUUUAGAGAAAGCCUUAUGGAGCGCUUUGCUGAAGAAACAGAGGGAUCUCUAUUCCCAGUUCCUGAAGGAGAUGAUUAUCCAGCCUGGGAUUGCCAAAGCCAACCUGGGUGUUUCAAGGGAAGAUGUGACCUUAGAAGAUCAUCCCCUCAAUCCCAAUCCAGACAGUCGAUGGAACACUUACUUCAAGGAUAACGAGGUGCUCCUGCAGAUAGACAAAGAUGUCAGGAGGCUGUACCCUGACAUGGCAUUUUUCCAGCGCCCCACGGACUAUCCCUGCCUCCUGAUCCUGGACCCCCAGAACGAGUUCGAGACGCUGCGCCGGCGGGUGGAACAGACCACGCUCAAGUCGCAGACGGUGGCGCGGAACCGCAGCGGGGUCACCAACGUGAGCUCCCCUCUUAAAACCACCUCCAGCUCUCUGAGCGAGUACGAAGUGCUGCCCAACGGCUGCGAAGCUCACUGGGAGGUGGUGGAGAGGAUCCUGUUCAUCUAUGCUAAGCUAAAUCCUGGGAUAGCCUACGUUCAGGGCAUGAACGAGAUUGUGGGGCCUCUUUACUACACCUUUGCUACAGACCCGAACAGCGAGUGGAAAGAACAUGCUGAAGCAGACACCUUUUUUUGCUUUACCAAUCUGAUGGCUGAAAUUCGGGACAACUUCAUCAAGAGCCUGGAUGAUUCUCAGUGUGGUAUCACCUACAAGAUGGAGAAGGUGUACUCCACCCUAAAGGAGAAAGAUGUGGAGCUAUAUCUGAAACUGCAAGAGCAGAACAUCAAACCCCAGUUCUUUGCCUUCCGCUGGCUGACGCUGCUCUUGUCCCAAGAGUUCCUGCUGCCUGACGUGAUCCGGAUCUGGGACUCCCUCUUUGCCGACGACAAGCGCUUCGACUUCCUCCUGCUCGUCUGUUGUGCCAUGUUGACACUCAUCCGGGACCAGUUGCUGGAAGGAGACUUCACUCUGAACAUGAGGCUGCUACAGGUAAGGAUUAAAUAUAGUGGGCAUAGGGAGCAGUUUGAAAAGUCUCAAAAUAGUACUAUGAGAGAGGAGGAUGGUAUGUGA